AUGGCGCGAGGUGCCAUGGCCAAGAUGUCUUGGGAGAAGUAUAUCCUGCAGCCUGUUCAAGGUGCACCUCCCGUGGUGCUCCCGACAUUGAUUUACGGAACAGCCUGGAAGAAGGAUCAAACUGCCGAUUUAGUGCACCAGGCUCUGAGGGCUGGGUUCCGCGCGGUGGACACCGCUGCCCAACCAAAGCACUAUCGUGAAGACCUGGUGGGAGAAGGUAUACGUAAGGCCAUCCGCGAUGGAACAGUUCGACGAGAAGAUCUCCAUAUCCAAACCAAGUAUACGUCUGUUCAGGGACAAAGUCCUAACAAUAUGCCAUACGAUGCAAAUGCAUCGGUGACGGAACAAGUCCAUGCCUCUAUCAGGUCUUCUCUCCAACACCUUCGCCCGUCUGAGGAACCUGACAGCUUCGAUGAUGCAUAUAUCGACAUGUUGAUUCUCCAUUCCCCUUUACCCACAAUGGAGCAGACCGUAGAGGCUUGGUCAGCGUUCGAGACCUAUGUGCCGCAUCGCAUCCGCAAUUUAGGCAUAUCUAAUUGCACCUUGCCUGUCCUCCGUGAGCUGUCUUCGCUGGUCACAGUGAAGCCGGCCGUUGUCCAGAACCGCUUCUACGUGGGCACGCAAUUUGAUGUGCCACUGCGCUCCUUUUGCCGGACUCACCAGAUCAUCUAUCAGAGCUUCUGGACGCUGUCAGCAAAUCCAGAAUUGGUCCAGUCUGAGAUUGUUCAGCUACUAGCAGAGCGCACGGGCAUCAAUCCAGCUGCAGCAUUAUAUUGUCUCGUGUUGGGCCUUGGAAAGACCGUAGUGCUGAACGGAACUACUAACAGAGCUCAUAUGGAAGCAGAUCUAGCGGCACUGAAAAAAGCCCAGCAUUUUGCCGAAGGAAAACCAGAUGCAUGGCAGAGGCUACUCGAGAACUUCCAAGAACUUACUGGGGACCAGGUUGAGGUCUGA